GGCGGCAUCCGCGGAGGCUCCUCGGCCAGGCCGGGUCGGCUGGAGCCGCGCUGACACCCCGGCGGCGGCGGCGCGCAGAGGCAGCGGCGGGCGGCAGGCCGGGAGACCGGAGCCGGGCCAGCGACCUGCCAUGGAGACUCGCUACAACCUGAAGAGCCCAGCUGUUAAGCGUUUAAUGAAAGAAGCAGCAGAAUUGAAAGAUCCAACAGAUCAUUACCAUGCACAGCCUUUAGAGGAUAACCUUUUUGAAUGGCAUUUCACAGUUAGAGGGCCCCCAGAUUCUGAUUUUGAUGGAGGAGUCUAUCAUGGACGAAUAGUCCUGCCACCAGAGUAUCCCAUGAAACCACCAAGCAUUAUUCUCCUAACGGCUAAUGGACGAUUUGAAGUAGGCAAGAAAAUCUGUUUGAGCAUCUCAGGACAUCAUCCAGAAACUUGGCAGCCUUCAUGGAGUAUAAGAACAGCAUUAUUAGCCAUCAUUGGAUUUAUGCCAACAAAAGGAGAGGGAGCCAUAGGUUCUCUAGAUUAUACACCUGAGGAAAGAAGAGCCCUUGCCAAAAAAUCACAGGAUUUUUGCUGUGAGGGAUGUGGCUUUGCCAUGAAGGAUGUCCUAUUACCUUUAAAAUCUGGAAGUGAUUCAAGCCAGGCUGAUGAAGAAGCCAAGGAACUGGCUAGACAAAUCAGUUUUAAGGCUGAAGUCAAUUCAUCCGGAAAGACUAUUACCGAGUCGGACUUAAAUCACUCUUUUUCACUGCAUGAUUUACAGGAUGAUAUACCUACAACAUUCCAGGGUGCUACAGCAAGUACAUCGUAUGGAGUCCAGAACCCCUCAGCAGCAUCCCCUGAACAACCUGCCCAACCUGCAGCUAAGAAUACCUCCCUGAGCCCUCGACAGCGCCGGGCCCAGCAGCAGAGUCAAAGAAGGUCGUCUCCGUCACCAGAUGUCAUCCAGGGCCAGCAGCCAAGAGACAACCACACUGAUCAUGGCGGAUCCGCUGUAUUGAUUGUCAUCUUAACUUUGGCAUUGGCAGCUCUUAUAUUCCGACGAAUAUAUCUGGCCAAUGAGUACAUAUUUGACUUUGAGAUAUAAUACGGUUUUGUGUCUUAAGAGCUGUGACUCAACUGCUUCAUUAAACAUUCUGCAUUGGGUAUAAUCUAAGAAUUGUUUACAAAAAGAUUAUUUUGUAUUUACCUUUCAUUCCUUUUUUGAUCCUUUAUAAAUUCAGUAUAAAUAUAGUUAGACAUUCAGACUGUGUCCUGCUUAGUUUAAGGGACUGACGUCAAAGUCCCUUGUCUCUGUAUGACCUGCUUUACAGGGGAAUAACUUGUUUUUCAUGCCUCAGCUUUUCUUUAUGUAAAUUUGUGAUACUUUUCUGUAUAGCCCUUUGAAAUUGUUGGACAAAAGAUGGUAUUUUAAGUUCCAAUGAGUAUUACUAGUUACUCAGUACCCUUUAUUGAGUACUCUUUUUACUUAUGUAGAAUGAUAGAGGGGUAAGAGUUGAAAAGGGAAAAUAAAACCCCUCAAAGAGCUUGCAUAAAAUGUACUCAUAUGAAACAUAGUGGGAUUGCCCAUUCUGCGUUUGACUUUGUGUCCAAAACAUUCUUUGGUUAAAAUAAUUAUUUUGGUCAAAUAUUUCUGGGGAAAUGAGAUUGCAUCUUUACAAUUGGAUGUUACUUGAAGAAGGAAUAAUGCUUUGUGACCACUUUGAUAUGCCAUUAUCUCCUUCUUUCCACUUGCCACACAAGAUUUUAGAAGGAAAGCAAUCCUCCAUAGAUCUUUGUUUUCAGGAAGGAAGGGUCCAAACCAAGAAAUCGCUUGCUUUUAUUCCAGAAGUUAAAUGGGAGGGUCUUAAGAUUUGAAUGUUUGUUCUGCUUUGAAUUGUAUAGCUUUUGAGAUGUAUUAUAUGCCUAACUUUAUGAUCACUAUAAAUUUAAUGACUCCAGGAACAUGCAUAAUAUUGAACUAUUUCACGUACCGUUUUAAUAGAAACCUCAGGGCCCAAGUAACAGUGAUAGAAAUUAGAAAAACCUCUAGUUAGAACUGCCCACCUAAUCAAAGCCCAAGAGAUAAUUUUCAGUGCAAAAUCAAUAUAUAACUUAGUGCUAGUUAGCUCCACAGACUCUAGUAGAUAAUUUUAUCAUCAUAAAUAAUGCCUGGGGAGAACAUAAAAUCACACAGGAAAGCAUUGCCCUCAGCACAUUCAGUAGCUGCAUUGUGGGUAUUCCUGAGAGUAUUGUUAAUAAAGAUUUAAUUCUUAAAUACAGGCACUUCCCAGCUUUCAAAUAGGUUAUGCUCUAAAAGUGCAUUGGGAAGUUAAUUUUUUUUUUUUUAAAAACAGCUCAGUGUUGUAAAUGGUGUUUAGAUUCUAGACAAGGCCACAAAUAUUAGUCCAUAAUGUAUCUUGAAUACUCUGGUGGAAGGUAUUUAUAAAGUCCUUAUGUGGUCUUUACUGAAACUAUGAGCAAGAUGGAAACAAUUUGUAAAAUGAUUUUAAGGCAAAUUUGGUUUUUACUCCCGCUAUGUUAGGAUUUGAUUCUAUUAACUAUCAGACCCAAUUUCUUUUUUAACUCGAUAGCCAGUUUAUGUCUGCAUCUAAAAUAAGAAUGUGGAGUUCCCGUCGUGGCACAGUGGUUAACGAAUCCGACUAGGAACCAUGAGGUUGCGGGUUUGAUCCCUGGCCUUGCUCAGUGGGUUAAGGACCCAGUGUUGCCUUGAGCUGUGGUGUAGGUUGCAGACGCGGCUCGGAUCCCACAUUGCUGUGGCCCUGGUGUAGGCCGGCGGCUACAGCUCCGAUUGGACCCCUAGCCUGGGAACCUCCAUAUGCUGGGGGAGCGGCCCAAGAAAUGGCAAAAAGACAAAAAUAAAAUAAGAAUGUGCUGUAUACUAUGGUAUAAUACAUAGUUUUCUUAAAUUUUAAUAAAUUUGCAUCUUUAAAGUGUU